AUGCCUCUCUAUUGUGACCCUGAUGAUUAUUGGCUUUGUCCAUAUGAUCUUAAUCAUAAGGUAUUAGCGAAACGUUUUCAGUAUCAUAUAAUGCGAUGUGCAAAAGCUAAUCCACAUAUUCGCCGUGUUAAAUGUUCGUUCAAUGCAACACAUUUAAUUACACCAAAUGAAUUGUAUAAGCACAUGUCAAAUUGUCCAGAUAGCCAAACUGUUCAUGAUGCUAUUGCUCGCGGCAUGAGUGAUUUUAAUUGGGAAGAUCAUUCAUCCGAUAGUAAUGAUCGGCAAAUGGCUGUUGUUAUGAACGGCGAAGAUUGGGAUCGAGAAGCACAUACUGGUCAAAUAUUUAAUGACGACGAAUUACGACAACUUAAUGGACAAAAUGAAAUGUGGUCAAAUUCCGUAACACCGGCGGUACCAAGUACAACGAAUCCAUCACGUCCUCAAUCAUCGUAUUUAGAUCGUGAUGGUGCAUUGUCAUCACGGCCAGUUACAGAAUCACCAAAACAACUGCCGCAAACAAUAGCAUCCUACGAACCGAAACGAACCAGUGCUUAUACUGCUGGUGGACUGAUGAGUCAAUCAAAUCAUGUUGGAGAUGCAUGUCUUGAUUCUCAAUUUGAAAAUAUUCGUCGAAAUAUGUUAGCAACUGGAGUUGGCCGUGGUCGAUUACCAACAACACCGCGUCCACCAUCGUUCAGUACUCGUUCAGUUUCAUAUAGAUCAUAG